AUGUAGACAGCAGUGAUGUCGGAUUAGUGCACUGAUGAACGCUUUGACCUGCGAUCUGUUCGCCGGAGUACAGAAUAGUGCCUGUGACAUUGAGAUCGGACUUUCUGCUUGUCCUUACAAAGUGAUCGGGUCGGAUCGUGACUUUACCAGGUGCGGAUUAGUAUUAGAUCUUUUAUAAAAGAGAUCGGUUAUGAAUUCAGAAGUUUUAGAUCGUAUGUCCUUGUGCGCGUUAUAUGAGCUCUGAUGUAACUGAAUUAGGUGAACGGUCACCGCCUGCUGACCCCUCUAGCACUGGAGAUUUUUAAUGCUACCAGACACCUUUCUUAUCCCAAGGUGGUUCUUAUACUACGAGUGCAAUGUCUCUGGUUUUUCCACGACCCAACACCAGUGCAAUCGGCAAAAAGGACAAGAGACUAAUGGCUGAGGUAAAUGCCUCCCCGCUUAAGCACUUCGUUACCGCCAAGAAGAAGAUCAACGGUAUCUUCGAGCAGCUUGGUGCUUACAUCAAAGAGAGCUCGGCCUUUCUAGAGGAGACCUACAGCAAUGAGGAGCUGGAUCCAGUCACCACAGAGGAGCAGGUUGGUGAGGUACGGGGCUACCUGUCCAAGGUGGCCGGGAUUGGCGAGGUGCUGUCCCGCAGGCACAUGAAAGUGGUCUUUUUUGGAAGGACCAGCAACGGCAAAAGUUCAGUGAUCAACGCCAUGCUGUGGGAUAAAGUCUUACCAUCCGGGAUCGGCCACACCACCAACUGCUUCCUACGGGUGGAAGGGACUGAUGGCAACGACGCAUUCCUGCUUACAGAGGGAUCAGAGGAACGGAAGAGUAUAAAAACGGUGAACCAGCUGGCCCAUGCGUUACAUCAGGACCAAGAGCUGGAUGCAGGCAGUCUGGUGUGUGUCAUGUGGCCUAAAGCCAAAUGUGCUUUGCUGCGUGAUGACCUGGUGCUGGUAGACAGCCCUGGUAUUGACGUGACCACAGAACUUGACAGCUGGAUUGACAAGUUUUGCCUGGAUGCUGAUGUUUUUGUGCUGGUAGCCAAUUCAGAAUCCACACUAAUGCAGACGGAAAAAUCCUUCUUUCACAAGGUAAAUGAACGCCUCUCCAGCCCCAACAUUUUCAUCCUGAAUAACCGCUGGGAUGCUUCUGCCAGCGAGCCUGAGUACAUGGAAGAGGUUCGGCGACAGCAUAUGGAUCGCUGCACUAGUUUUCUAGUAGAUGAACUGGGGCUGGUGGACCGAGCGCAGGCCGGCGACCGAAUCUUUUUCGUGUCUGCUAAAGAGGUGCUGCAGGCACGUGUGCAGAAGGCUCAGGGAAUGCCUGAAGGAGGUGGAGCCCUGGCUGAAGGCUUUCAAGCCAGAAUGUUUGAGUUCCAGAACUUUGAAAGACGUUUUGAGGAGUGUAUUUCCCAGUCAGCGGUGAAGACCAAGUUUGAACAGCACACCGUGAGGGCCAAGCAAAUCUCAGAAGCUCUUCGGCUCAUCAUGGACUCUGUGCAUGUGGCAGCCCAAGAGCAGAGGAUACACUGCAUGGAUACCAAAGAGGAAAGAGAGGACCGGGUGGAAUUCAUUGAAAAGCAGCUGGACCUGCUCACCCAGGACUGUAAAAACAAGAUCAAGAAGAUUACAGAGGAAGUUGAAAAACAGGUGUCAAACGCAAUGGCAGAAGAGAUAAGGAGGCUGAACGUGUUGGUGGACGAUUUCCACAUGGACUUCCAUCAUUCACAAGUGGUCCUGAAGGUGUAUAAAAACGAGCUUCACAGACAUAUAGAGGAAGGACUGGGCAGGAAUAUGUCUGAUAGGUGUUCCAACGAAAUCAGUGGAGCACUUCAGACCACGCAGAAGGACAUGAUUGACGGCCUGAAGCCCCUGCUGCCUGUAUCGGUAAGAGAGCAGGUAGACAAGAUGGUGCCCCGUCAGUGUUUCAGCCUCAGCUACGACCUCAACUGUGACAAGCUCUGCAGCGACUUUCAAGAGGACAUCGGCUUCCAUUUCUCGCUGGGCUGGACCAUGCUGGUCAACCGCUUCCUCGGCCCCAAGAACACUCGCCGUGCCCUCAUGGGCUACAACGACCAGGUUCCUAGACCCUUAGCCAUCACUCCGGUCGCUACCGCCAUGCCCCCCUUUCCACAGGGCUCUAUGACACAAGAAGAACUCAUGGUGUCUAUGGUGACGGGACUUGCAUCUCUUACUUCCCGAACGUCCAUGGGUAUCAUCGUCGUCGGAGGCGUGAUCUGGAAGGCAGUGGGCUGGAGGAUGAUUGCUCUGUCUGUGGGGCUCUAUGGUCUUCUCUAUGUGUAUGAGAGACUCACCUGGACCACCAAAGCUAAGGAGAGAGCCUUCAAGAGGCAGUUUGUGGACUACGCCAGUGAGAAGCUCCAGCUCAUCGUCAGCUACACCGGCUCUAACUGUAGCCACCAGGUCCAGCAGGAGCUGGGAGGCACCUUCGCCCAGCUGUGCCAGCAGGUAGAUGUGACUCGGCAGCAGCUAGAGGACGACAUUCAGGACAUGAACCGCAAGAUCGAACAGCUGGACACUCUGCAGAGCAAAGCCAAGCUGCUUAGGAAUAAAGCCGGCUGGUUGGACAGUGAGCUGAACAUGUUCACUCAGCAGUACCUACAGCAGAAUCGAUCCUAGCCAGGAUGCCAGUCCACUAGCCUGACCGAGACCAAUUAAGAGAGUGUACCAGUGUCCUCACAUCGCGUCAUCUUUCGUCCUUUCACACAAACUAUAGACCUAAGAUCUUUUAGCCAUGCUUUUUAUAAAUGAGGGUGUGUAAUUAUCUCACAUUAUUUGCCAUCAAUGCUCUGAAAUAAUUAUUUUUGCUUUUUUUGGCAUUUAGUGUCAAAGUGUAUAUUGCCUCCGAGUGGUAGAGCUGUGCCACCUUGAGUCGGGUGACCUUUAUUUUCUCUUCGUAAAGAGACAUUGACUUGUGUCUGGAAUUAUUUAUUUAUUCUUCGCGUCUGAUAUUUGACGUCUUUGCCCUUUUACGGCUGUUAAAUACGCAGCAUUUAGUCCUGGAGUGGAAUGUAAUAUCUGAUGAAAUAAUUAAUUAUUAAAAAUGCUGUUUGGCUUUACGGCUAUGACAUGACAUGCUAUGCAGGGUGAAUUCACUUUAGAGACGUACUCCAAUCCUUUAAGCUUCUGUAUGACUGUUUGGAGCUCUAUAAGAGAGGCAUUAUGCAGCCGUCCCCAUUCCAGUAUGGUUUGGUACUAGUUAACUGGUAUUCCUGGUGUGUGUAGAUGCAGAAGGAUUCCAGAAUGUGGUCUGAUGUGCACUGAGGUUGAGAAUCUGAUGGUAGGAGGUGAAGUUUGGCAUUUUAUUUAGUAAAAGGCAUUGCCCAAGUUACACGAGACCCAAAGACAUCCUUUUGUGUGUCCCUAUUUUUAUUUCUUUUUUAUUUAUGCAUAAAAGAACACUGUGCUCUUACACUUCCACCGCUCCUGUCGGUGCUUUAACCAGACAGUAGGAGUUGACUUUGCAGGAGCAUGCUGGACUUCCCAUCCGGCCCUCUUACCACUCAGCCAAAUCUGCUCGGCCAGCCUUUGUGGGACCCCGUGUCUAAGUCUCGGUGGGACUCUAUGCUGUUACACACUAGACUAGACUAUUGAUGUAGAAAAAAAUUACACCGCUUUUUGCAAAGGGACAAAGUUAUCAAACACCUAUAACACUCAUGUAUUUGCCUUUUUAACUGGUCGCUCUGCCUUCAAGCAAACGUUAUAUGACAGUUUCAUAUCUUGUCUUGUACACUGAACUGUAAAGAAAUUUUUGCCCAUUUUUCUUUGCAGUCUCUCCUAAUCUGUAUGAAAUUCUGCUGUACAUAAAGUUCCAAAUGAUGUGCCUGCAACAACAGGGCAAAUCAAAAAGGGGGUGAUUACUUCAGUACAGGCUCUGUGGCAAAGACCGGAUUCAGGCUCUUUUAAAACAGGGAGCAAUUACUUUUUCACAACACUAAGUAUUUAUAUUUUAUUGUUAAGUUUGCAUCAUUUUGCAACAAUCACACUACCAAGGCUGCACAUGUAUUAGAAUGCAACAUUGUCGAUAUGAACAAGCUUAGUAAGCGCAUUCCAAUCUCAGAUUUAUAUGAAAUCUAAUCAGAAACAUGAACUGACCGCUACUAAUCCCAGCUGUUUAUUUGUUUACAAGCAAAAAGCUUCAUUAACGAAUUUAUGAAUUCAAAAAUAUAUAAGGUACCUAUUGGGUUUGGGUUUUUCUGCACCGUUUUGUCUUAAACUGAGAAUAAUAACAAUGAACACGAUACAACUUAUAGAAUAAAUACGCUCUAUGUAACCACCCAUGCUUGUGUGUACACCACCGAUCCCUCUUACUUCCCCAGUAGUAUGAAGCAGCCUGUUUAUUUAUGAUUGUUCUAGAAAGAGAUCUGAAUGGUCCUUUACUGAUUGUGCACUUUACUUUUGCUGCUUUUUUUUUUUUUUUUUUUUUUUUUUUUAAA